AUGCCGUUGGAUACUUUGCCCCCUGAGCUUCUGCUUAUGAUCUUCGAGCGCUGUGGCAAGUACAGCACCCUGGCCCGCGCCGCUCGUGUGAACAAGAAAUUAUACGCCCCCGCAACUUCCGUCCUGUACACGUUAGAAACCACGGUGGGCUGCGACGCGAUUGUGCAUGCCGCUAGCAAAGGACACCUCCACGUUGCGGAGAUGUUGUUGAGCAAGAAGGACCGAAUGGACCCCGACAUUUGCCGUGAUCGUCUCCAGUACAACAUGAACCGUGCUUUGCUGAAGGCUGUCCACAAAGGACACAAGGAGAUGGUCCAGCUGCUUGUCGAUCAUAAGGCGGCGCCAGACGAGGCCUGCGAUAAAAACAAGAUCAGUGCGCUUUACUGGCUUGUGAGAUGCUUGGAGACUCCUCGUUUCAUUCCUUUCCCGGAUCUCAGGCAACCAACCGCCGAAAAUCAAGCCGCCUUCCGCACCCGAAUUUAUGAGAUUCUCGAAAUACUGCUGAAGGCCGGUGCCAACCCGGACCCCCGAACUCCAACCGCACGGACUCCCUUGCACAUGGCAGCCAAGAUCAACGAGAUCGAGCUCGCCACUCUUUUGAUCAAAUGGAAAGCCAGUGUCAAUGUCCGUGAGCAGUACGUGUGGACUCCCCUCCAUUAUGCUGCCAGACUCGAUCGAAUUGACAUGGCUGCUCUAUUCCUGAAAGAGGGAGCCGAUAUCGAUGCCCAGGAGCACCGAGGCUACACCCCCCUGAUGCAGGCUAUCAUGGUCCAAUCAAAUGACCUCGUUCAGUUCUUGUUGCGGCAUAAGGCUGAUGUCAACAGGCAAGCCUUUACUCGGGAGAGACCCCUGACAUUCGCCCUUCGAAACCACGAUGAGUAUCUGGUUUCUCUCUUGUUGAGCCAUGGAGCAACUCCGAACUUCAAGGGUGAUGCGAUCCAAAAUCCCCUCCACUUCGCCUCAAGCAGUCAAGAUCAUGGAAUCGUGCGCAGCUUGCUGGAAUAUGGUGCCACGCUCGAAGGGCUGGAUAGGGACGGUGUUACUACUCUCCAGCUUGCGGUUAACCUGGAAGACAAGGGGAUGAUGCACUACAUUUUGUGCAAUGACCCCGACCCCGAAUGCCCUCGAACCUUCAUGUACUUGCCGCUGGAGGAGUAUCACACGCAGCCCGCGUUUGAUCUCCUCUGGUGGAAGGGGGUUGAUGGUGGAAGAGUGGCCGAAAUCGCCCAGGCCACGCAUGUUGCGCAAGCCGCGGAUGGCCUGGAAGGCCUCCACCUGUAG